AUGGCGGCCGGCACCGGCUUUUAUGUGAAAGCCGUGAAAAGUCGAGGCCGGCCCUACGUCACCUCAUGGAAACCUGAAAUUCAGAAAACACAGAUCAAACCAUUCUUUCAGAAACCAAGAUCUCUUUUCACUCUCUUCUUCUUCUAUUCUUAUCUUUAUCUCUCUGUUUGUUUUAAAACUAUCCGUUUUGCGAAAAACGACCAUAAGGAGAAGCCGAAGACGUCACCCUGGAAUUCUCGGAAGGCAUCAUCUGAAGAGAAGCCCCUCAAUCAGUCAAAGGACAGCUAUCAGUAA